AUGGAAAAUGACUUCCACUUGAUUCCCCGCCAGAUCUGGGCGAAUCCAACUCCGACGACGACGAAGAUCUAUUCCCCCGGUUGUACGCCUGUCGUCUUGCCCAGUAAUGGACUCGUAUAUCUCAACAAGUCAUUUGCUAUCACCCUCAGCGAAAAUGCCAUCUUCGAACCUACCUGCACAGGCUCCCCAACCGAUGAGGUUCACAUCUCCGCCGUCCUCGAUACCCGCGAUCCCUUCUAUUCCUCCAUUACCCCACAGCUAUAUGCCAUCGGCUGUGCUACCGUCGUUAGCUACCUACUCGUCAUAAUCCUUCUCAUCACACCGCGCACAUUCUACGUCGGCGGCCCCGGCGGCGGCGGUGCCAAUUUCCUCGGCCGACAUGGGAUGAUCAAAGGCUCGUAUAGCGGGAACUCGUCGGUGGUCGGAGUCGGCGGACGACCAUGGCUACAGAAAGUGGCUGCGAUCUUGGUUGCGAUUUCACUGACCAUCGCCACGGUCGAUUCCUUCAGAGUCGCCGAGCGACAGUAUAACUAUGGAUUUUCCGACGCGGAGGCGCUUUCCCAGGAGGUUAUCGAUGGGAUGGAAAUUCGCAUCGUGCGCGUCAUAUCGAGCACGUUUCUGUGGCUUGCGCAGGUUCAGACGUUGAUUCGAUUAUUUCCGCGACAUAAGGAGAAAGUCAUGAUCAAAUGGGCUGGGUUUGCAUUGAUUGUGCUGGAUACGACGUUAUACGAGGAUGCUAUUCCUGCUUUGAGCUACUUGUUCGAGUUGUCGCUUAACCUUCUCUAUGCUGCUUGGGUGAUUUUCUACUCGAUAUCGAAGCACCGAUACGCGUUUUUCCACCCCAAGAUGCGGAAUAUCUGUUUAGUGGCGCUUCUGUCGCUAUGCGCCAUUUUGAUACCCGUUGUCUUUUUCGUUUUGGAUAUUGCCAAGCCCGAAAUUGCUGGCUGGGGUACCUAUAUUCGAUGGGUUGGGUCUGCCGCGGCUAGUGUGGUGGUUUGGGAGUGGGUGGAACGCAUCGAAGCGCUGGAACGAGAUGAAACCAAAGACGGGAUUCUGGGCCGAGAGGUUUUCGACGGCGAUGAAAUGCUUGAAGUUACUCCAUCAGAGGAAGUUGACUGGCCACGUUUCUCGCCACAAGGACCCGACCAAGGCGGCAAUGGCGCAUCGUCUGGAUGGGGUGGCAUGAUGGGCUUAGCCCAUCGCCCUCUGCGAGCUCGGGCUGGAUUACCUCGCGGCAAUCGAAAGAAAGGUGCCGAAGCACCACCAUAUAACCAAGCCGCUGCGUCCGCGCCGCGGGGCCCAGACGAUAACCGGCCCACUCCACCCCCAGUGACGACCACACCGAUUAGCCGUGCUGAUACUACCAGUGCAGCAAGCACAGUGUACAAUGUACGGUAUCAUUCAGUGGCUAGCCCUACGCCUCCCGCCGUAAUGCCAAACAUGCAGGAGGAGGAAUUGGACGAAGCCAAGGAACUGGAAAGCAGGGAACCACAUACUGCCGAUCCAAAUGAUCAUGCUCUGUCUGCUCAAAAUACCCGAGAGCAGUCCCCGCAGAUUGUCCAAGCCGAUCCGCGCUGGCAUGUUCUCCUGCAUCCGUUUAAGAGACGACGUGCAUCUCUGCCGAAAGAAGUGGCAUCUGCACAAGCCGGAGAAGAAUCCUCAGAACACAGACAAUCUGCUGCAGCGCAAGAGGCCGCAGAAACGAAUGCUGCCCGAUCUCGAGCCGAUCAUUUCUUUUCUCUCCAUCGGAAAGCCCGAUUGGGCACUGGACCCCAAAACUCCGAUGGCUCAUUACCAGUCACCGUUAUCCCAGCACGUCGUCGCGGCCAGCACACAUGGUCACCGCAAAACCGACUGCUGGAGGACACUCGGCCACCAGGAGAGAGUCGGCCGAUAGAACCUCAACACCACGAACCGGCCCCUAAUCGGCCCAAUUUGCCCGUGCGGGUGAUUCCUUCUCAACCACAAGCGUCUGCUCCAUGGACGGAGGCAGACGUAGAGCGAGGAGGCGGGGAUUAUGUCUUGCACUAUGAUCCUGAAGCUGCGGCACUGGUUAACGAGGACGUUAGCCAUUUGGAUGUCACAAAUUAUCGACAAAGCUGGACAGAUACGACAUACUCGGACGAACGAAAUGAUGUGUCAGCGGAAGGACCGCAAGCCGAGCACGGACCUAAUGAAGGCCGAAACUCUACAUAG